AUGGGUCAUGUUCGUGUAAACUGCCUAAAAAGAAAUCGAGCAUGUUAUUCUUGUGAAGUAUUUGGGCAUCGACAAUUUGAAUGCCCCCGUGUGAGGUGGGAAGAAAGUAAGGCGUCAAUGCAGCAACCGGCAGUGGGUGGUGCUUCAAGUCAAAAGGAGGAGAUACCCAAAGCACGAGCUCGAGCUUUUCAGAUUACCGCGGUGGAGGCUCGCAAUGAGGCAGACGUCUUUACUGGUAUUUUCUUUGUUAACUCUAGACCUGCUUGUAUCUUGUUCGAUUUUGGAGCUACAAAUUCUUUUGUGUCGCAUGUCUAUGUUCGUUAUUUAGAAUCUGUGCCAGUUAUGCUUUCUAUACCAUUUACCGUUGAUACUGCUAAUGGAGUCACUUUGGUAGCUGAUAGAGUGUGUAGAGACUACACUUUAGUGUUAGACGAACAUGACUUUUUAGUAGAUUUGAUUUCUAUGGAUAUCCGUGGUUUCGAUGUCGUGAUUGGUAUGGAUUGGUUAGUGAAGAACCGUGCGGAUAUCAUUUGUUCUCAAAGGAUGAUUCGGGUACCAGUUGAGAAUGGAGACUACUUAUAUAUUUAUGGGGAAAGACGUAUAGGCCACUUGAAGGUAAUAUAUAUGCUUAAAGCACGACGUUAUAUUGCUAAGGGUUGCUCUUCUUUCAUGGCAUAUGUUUUGGAUGCAACCAAAGAAAUGAAGAAAACUGUAAAAGAUGUACCAAUUGUGUGUGAAUUUCAAGGUGUUUUCCCUGACGACUUGCCUGGGGUACCGCCGGAUAGCGGGGCUGCUAAAUUGAUUCGAGAUGCAAAAAUAAUCAUCUGGGAYGAAGCGUCGAUGGCAAAGAGGCAAGCAGUGGAGGCGCUCGAUCKAACAAUGCAAGACAUCAUAGGGGUGGCACUCCCAUUCGGCGGAAAGAUAAUGGUUUUGGGGGGUGAUUUUAGACAAGUCUUACCGGUCGUGAGGCGUGGAACCCGAGCAUAG